ACAUUAACUGGACUUAAAAGCAAAUCAUCAUGCCAAUUUUUUACAUACAUGUAAACAAAGAAUUCCUCGGUAUACAUUUCUAAAAAGCAAUAUUUGAUAUCUUAUAGUAAAGGCAAAAAUGAUACCCUCGUGUUUUGGCAGCUUGAUGUAUGUAAAGGGUCGAAAAGUCAUGGAGUUGUUUCCUGGUAACUUGAGGAAACUAUGGAAGGACUGGGAACUGCGUGUUAUGGUUUUAGUUAGCCUCAGCUUGCAGAUAAUUCUCAUCUUCUUUGGGAAUCGCAGGAAAUACUCAAGUAAGAUCUGGGUUAGAGUUGUUUUAUGGUGUGCUUAUUUGAUGGCUGACUGGGUUGCCACUGUUGCUCUUGGUGUCAUUUCGAACAAUCUUGGUGAUGUUAUGGAAAGCGUUGACAAAGGUGGCUCUCUUGAUGCUGAUGCUGAGUUAACUGCUUUCUGGGCACCUUUUCUUUUGCUUCAUUUAGGCGGUCCUGACACUGUUACAGCUUAUUCCUUGGAAGAUAAUGAGUUGUGGUUAAGGCAUUUACUUGGACUAGGAGUACAAACAGGGGUGGCCCUCUACAUUUUCCUCAUGGCUUGGACUGGUUCUCCACUCUCUCUUUUGUCAAUUCCAGUGUUCUGUGCAGGAAUCAUUAAGUAUGGGGAGAGAACUUGGGUUCUCAGGUCAGCAAGUAACGAGAAAUUCAGGGACUCCAUGUUAACUCCUGCUGAUCCUGGCCCCAACUAUUCCAAAUUUAUGCAGGAAUAUACUUUGAAACAGUUUGAGGGGUAUCAUGUGACUGCUGAUGAGGUGAUUGAGGCUCAAGCCCCUGUGAAUCACUCUUUGGCUGAGAAUUACUCCAUUCCUGAUGCAGCAGAAUUGCUCACUGCCCAUGAAUUGUUGCAUGUUUUCCAGCGCCUUUUCGUGGAACUCAUCCUUGGUUUUGAUGAUAGGGAAAAGAGUCAAUCCUUGUUUAGAGGAAUUUCAUUAGAAAAAGCUUUCAAAGUGAUUGAGAUUGAACUGGGAUUUGUGUAUGACGUGCUAUAUACCAAAGCUACAGUUAUAUAUUUAUUCCAUGGGUGUUGUCUCCGGUUCAUCAGUUUUUCUUGCACCUUUGGUGUGUUGGUUUUCUUCUCCUUUGCUGAACAUAAAUACUCACACUCACAUGUUGAUUUGCUAAUAUCUUAUCUACUGCUAUAUGUUGCUCUACUUUUAGAGGGAUAUGCAAUAAUCUUGUUGAUCUCUUCUGACUGGACAAAUCAUUGGUUAACUAAGCAUGCAAACACCUCCAUUCGUCGAGCCAUCACUUGUUUGCAGCUGCCUAAUAAAAAUCACAGGUGGUCAAAUUCCAUAGCACAGUUCAAUGCAUUGAGCUUUUACCUCAAAAUGGACAAACCAACUUUCUCUUAUGAAAUGCAAAAGCUUCUCUGCCUUGAUUCCCUGCUAGAAAAAUUCCGGUAUAUGAAACACAAGCAAGUGUCCGGGGAGUUGAGAACGCUGAUUUUUGACCAUCUCAAAGAGAAGUUUGAGCAUCUAGUAGCACCGAGCAUUGUGGCAACAGAUAUUAGAACCGUGCUUACCUGCCGAGGAGGGGGUGUCUUAGAAAAAUAUUAUUGUACUGAACUCGAUUGGAGCAUCAAGGUGGAUUUCGAUCAAAGCAUUCUUAUAUGGCACAUUGCUACUCAUCUUUGUUACUACAAAGAUCAUACAGAAAUCUUUGAUAACACCAUCGCAUUAAAGCAUAAAUUGAGCAAAAGGCUAUCACAGUACAUGGUUUAUCUUCUAGUGAUGCGCCCUUUCAUGUUACCAGUGGGGAUUGGUAUGAUCCGAUUUCGAGAUACUCAAGCUGAGAUUACAAAAUUCUUUGAAGAACACAAGCCAUCAUCAUUAGAUAAUAGUAGUAGUACUAAUACUCAUUCUCAUGGUAGUAGUAGAUUGCGUGUGAAAUUUUUUUCUUGGGCUAGAAACAAGCCCAAGUUGGAUAAAUCUCAAGCCUGCAACAUGUUGCUCAAAGUCAACACUGCAGUUCCAGCCGUGAAAGUCAAAGGAGACAGAAGCAAAUCUGUGCUGUUUGAUGCGUGCAGGCUUGCCUCGGAGCUGCAAGCCAUCUCAGAUAAAUGUAAGAAGUGGGAAAUGAUUAGUGAUGUUUGGGUGGAGAUGCUUGCAUAUGCUGCUAGCCAAUGCAGAGGGAAUCAUCAUGCUCAGCAGCUGAGAAGAGGUGGUGAGCUUCUCACUCAUGUUUGGCUUUUGAUGGCUCAUUUUGGUUUAACUGAACAAUUUCAAAUAUCACAAGGCCAUGCAAGAGUUAAACUUGUAGUGAAAUGAGAAAUAUUGAUGCCACUUAUCUUAUGCUUUAAUAGUAUGUGCCAUCAUUAUAUCAUAUAUAUCUAACUUUACACAAUUAUCAUAAUGAAAUUGAAGAUUCAAAACCAUGGUAGAGUCUGUAUUGACAGAAGUUUUUGUCUGUUUCAAGUACUUUAUGCUUAUGCAGAUUAUGACAUUUUGCAGCACUUAUGAUUUGGAUCAUAGUGGACCAAUAAAAUGAAACAAAAUAAUAAAUUAUUUUUUCUGCUUAUUAAUUUUGAUCCUAGCCCUUGUCUU